AUGGCUUCUCAACUUCUUCCUCUUGAGCUGAUUGACAAGUGCGUUGGGUCUAGAAUCUGGGUCAUCAUGAAAAAUGACAAGGAGUUCUGUGGUACAUUGCUUGGAUUUGAUGACUAUGUCAACAUGGUUCUGGAAGACGUGACAGAAUUUGACUACUCCGGCGCGCAAGUCAAGCUUCCUAAGAUAUUGCUCAAUGGCAAUAACGUUUGCAUGUUAAUCCCUGGAGGCGAAGGACCAGUUGGCAGCUCUUAA